GCCGUGCUGGGUGCGCGCGGGUCGCUGCGCUCCCCCGCGCCUGGGAGGCGACCCCCGUGCGCCCCGGGUUCAAAGGCCCCGCGAGGCAGCUCCAGCCUCCCUGGGGGGCGGGGAGGCGAGGGGGGUGGUGCGGGAGCCAGAAAGCGCGAGCCCACAGCGGGCCAGCGCUGCGCAGGGAUGGGCAGUGCGCUCUGAAGUUUGUGACCGUCGCAGCCAACUCCUGGCCGCAGCCCGGGACGCAGCGAGCCAGCGGCCGGCCUCGAACCGCCCUCCCCCCAGCCGGAGGGCGAGGCCAGCUGUGCCCGGCGCUCUUUGGCGGCCACAGGCGUCUGUCCUCCGCUGCUCUCGCGUCCGAUCCGGGUUCAUGGAGCUGAGGCUGUGGUUCCUUUUCGGGCUCACAGUGACCUCCGCCGCAGGACCGGUGCCUCGUCCCCAGCCUGGGGACGCUGGCAGGAGCGGCGUACCCCGGGCCCCCUCUGCAACCAAGGAGACCAUGGCCAUGGUGGCAACGCGGGGUCCAAGCCCCAGAAGCUCUGGGCAGGAGCAGGAACCAGGUCCAUUUGGGGAGCUGGCUGCCAAGGGGGCCCCUGUGCACUACCGAGCCCGGCGCUGUACGUGUUUCACCUACAAGGACAAGGAGUGUGUCUAUUAUUGCCACCUGGACAUCAUCUGGAUCAACACUCCUGAACGGACUGUGCCCUACGGACUGUCCAACCACAGAGGCAACGUCCGGGGCAGGAGGUCAGCUGGGCCGUCCCCGCAGAGCUCUCAGCCGUCGAGGGGGACCCUGCGCUGCGCCUGUGCAGAGAGCCAGGACAGAGCCUGCGUGUACUUCUGCACCCGGACCCUGGCUGCCCGCGGGGCUUCCAGGACGCCAGAAACCCCUGACAAAGAAGCAGGAAAGCCAGCCGGUGGGGCCACUGGAGGCCUGCAUCCGAGAAGGUUGAAGUCAAGGACAGACAAAGCCAGGAGGCUUUAGACCUCCCCCAUCAAACGCCUGCCCAGGCAGCGGCCUCCCCCGCAUGCUGCCUGCCCGCCUUGCUCGGCCUUUAGGGAGCCUCUGGGAGAAGGCCCUGCAGCAGGAAGGCCUCAGUCCCGGCCCCACCACGGUUCACGUUUCCACCUCUUUGAGGACAAGGAAUGCGUUUUGCCUGGGGGAGAAAAGCCACUGGAAGGGGCCUCCCUGAACAGUACAGCCCUUCCCCCAGGCCGGCCCCAUCCGGAGACCCUGGUUUCCCUAAUGGGUAAAACGAUCCCAGCUGUGCCCUGGGGCCCGCCGCCGCCCAGGGCUCCGGUUUCCUGCAGGAAAUUGUUUGGGGAGAGCUAGGGCACGUCGCAAAGCCAUUCUCUCCCAGCACAAGUGGACUUCAAGCUAACUCUUUGCAAAUGUCAACCCGUGUCCGUCUUGAGACAGAAGCAGCAGACGGCGCCGAGAGCACGCUGACAUCCGGGCCCUCCCAAAGGGCAGGUGUGGGGUGUGUUCCAGCGGGGCCACCGGCCUCAACAUUAGACGCCCUUUGUAGCCACACAGGAGUUGAUGAAUUUGAAGCGUAGAGGAUUUGGACAGAAAUUGUCCGCUGUGCUUGGUACCCACGAGAAGAAUGGAUCUCAAAAAACAAACAAACAAACAAAAAAACAAAAAAAGGAAAGAAAGAGGUAACCUUGAUGUUUUCAAUGAGAAAAAAGGAGGAAAUUGAUCUGUGCGUGUGGCUCCCGGGAUGCGAUGCGUGGCGGAGAUCGCCCUUUGCAGAGCGGCAACCAGAUGACCGUAGACCUUGGUCCCUGGAAGCCACUGCACAGGCAGCCCCAGCUCAAGGUGACUAGGGCGAUAUUUGUUUUCCCAAAGAAAGGUGGCUCUUUGGGGGAACGGCUUCAACAUAAGCCGCAAACACAAUCGCUUGGUAAAUUGUGUAAAUUUCUAUUUGUCGAUCUAAUUGGCAACGACUGGGAGCUGUAGCGCCUGACAGUUUGCCAUCGCUUUCAGCCGUGCUCUAACUGCCACGCUGAGAUGACUGAGCAUCUGAAGAAGAUGCGGUGUUUAGUCAUCCUCGGGCGUGGGGAGAGUACCCCUCCCCGCCCUCCCCCACGGCAGAGAGAUAAGAACCGGCCUUUGAGCGAACGGCCACGCGGUGAUGUGGUGGCGAAUGCCUGGGUGCUGGCCUUGAGUAAAUGCUGAUUUCUGGAUGCGCAUUCCCUGUUAUUAUGGGUAUAAAAGUCACUGUCUCUCACAGGAAGUGGAAGGGACUGAUGUGCCAGCAGGAUGGUGUCCGGUUCAGAGGAGCCAUUAUUUAUUGUGCACCUGUUCUCUACGUCAGCUCCUCUAGGUGGAUGGGUUCACAGCCAAGCCCCGGUACACAGAGCGAUUUUAAAUUGUGUUCUGAAGCCCAACUCAUAUUCCUUAGAGCUAUAACGACGGUUUUUAAAUGCAUAGGCACUGUUUGGCUUUGUGCCAAGAUGAUAUCUCAUAGAGAAAUUCAUUCCUUGUGCUAACACUCAGAAGGUACCUAACUGUCAAAUGCAUAAUAAACAAACAAAAAAAAAGUGUAAAA